AUGUCCAACAGCAGCUCCAUCAGGCACUUCCUCUUGCUGGCAUUGGCAGACAUGUGGCAGCUGCAGCUCCUGCACUUCUGCCUCUUGCUGGGCAUCUCCCUGGCUGCCCUCCUGGGCAACGGCCUCAUCAUCAGUGCCGUAGCCUGCGGCCACCACCUGCACACGCCCAUGUUCUUCUUCCUGCUCAACCUGGCCCUCAGCGACCUGGGCUUCAUCUGCACCACUGUCCCCAAAGCCAUGCACAAUUCCCUCUGGGACACCAGGAUCAUCUCCUACACAGGAUGUGCUGCUCAGCUCUUUUUCUUUCUCUUCUUUAUUGCAGCAGAGUUUUCCCUCCUGACCAUCAUGUGCUACGACCGCUACGUGUCCAUCUGCAAA